UAUAUAUUACACACACACACUCUUCUUCUUCUUCUCUCAUAGUGUUACCUGUCAUGGAAGAACAAGAUGAAGAAUUCUUCAAAAAAACUGUUACCACAAAGUAUGUGAAAUCUAAUUUGAUCUCUUCUUCAAUGCCUAAAGUUGUUAGAAUCACACUUAAUGAUGAUUAUGCCACAGAUUCUUCAAGUGAUGAAGAAAAAUACAAAGGAAAUGGUAGAAGAAAGGUAAAGAAAAUGGUGAGUGAGAUCAAACUAAUUCCAUGUUCCACUCUUUCUAACAUAGAUCAUGAAAACAACAAUGGCAAUGAUGGUGAUCAUGAAGGUUUUGGGAAGAAGAAGAAGAAGAACAACAACAAUAAUAAUAAGAUGAGACAGAGACAUAAACCUAUGAGACAUGUCAUAACUUCAACAAAUGAUUGUAAGUACCGCGGCGUUCGACAACGGCCGUGGGGGAGAUGGGCUGCUGAGAUUCGUGAUCCUAAGCUUCAAAUUAGAAGAUGGUUAGGGACUUUUGACACUGCUGAAGAUGCUGCUAUGGCUUAUGAUAGGGCUGCAAUUUUUUAUAAAGGUUGUGAUGCCAUUACCAAUAUCAUCAAACCACCUCCGAAACCUACGAAGUUGAGUCUAGCAGAAGAGACUAGUUCUUCGAUGCCAAAAUUGAAUCUAACAGAAGAUUUUAGUCUCUUAAAUGUGUCUACAUUGAAUCUGGCUGGAGGGGUUAGUCUCUCGGAGCCGAGUUUGAUUGAAGAUGUUAGUCUAUUCGAGAUGAGAGAUGUAUCCACAUUUAAUGAUAGUUCUGUUGUUGUUGAUUGUGAUGGCUAUAAAAAGAAGGAGGAUUGUAAAGGUUGUUCAUUUUCUUCUCCUAUAUCAGUUAUUGAAUUUAACAAUGAAAGGAUAAAUGAGCAAAAAUGGAUUAGUGGUGUGACUGAAGAAAAUUAUAUGGAUGAUGAUUUUAUGUUUGUUGAACCAAAUGGUUCUUCUUUUUAUGAACCUCUUCUUACAAUGGUUUCAAAUGAAAGUAAUUGCAUUGUUGAUAUUCCUUUUCAUUUUGAGGAUGAUUUUGAGUCAUGUAAAAGGGAGAUUGAUAAUUACUUCGAGAAUGGCCCUUUGUCAAAGCAUUGAGAUUGAGAAAUGGAGUUGGAGUUUUGAUUUAGAUCUAAAUAAUUGAUUUAGAUUGAGAUUUUGAUUUGAUUUAGAUCUAAAUGGAGUUGGAGUUUUGGAGUUGGAGUUUUGAGUUUUGAUUGAGAUUGAGAAAAGCAUUGAUUUAGAUCUAAAUAAUGGAUUCGACUUCUCAAAUGUGAGUUUUCUAUUUUUAU